UUAAUCCCGUUUCCGAUAGAAAAAAAUCCGGUCCCGCACAAAAAACACAUUCCUUUCCGCUUCAGCUCGCUCGGCUUCCACUCUUCAGUCACGCAAGUCCAUUCGGCUGGUGCCUUCAUUUUCGUAGGAAAGACAGUCCCCCACAUGCGACUGCAAUAA